GUACCUGGGGAGGCCCUGCUUACAGAGCUGGUCACCCAGGAAGGACAUACUCAGAGGGCAGUGGGCGUGGGUGUGUGAGAAUCCUUGGGCAGAGAAGGACGCCGCCAUGCUGGGCACGGCUGAGUCAUGCUUCCGCGGCGCCUUGCCCCAGGGUGCUGGAGCCGGCGCCAACCUGGGUGUGGUCACUGAGCUGUGGCCCUGGGCAGAGCGGGCCUGGGUGGUCUGGGUUUGGGGGACCUGGGUGGUCGGGGGCCAGGGACCUAACUUCUGAGAUGCUGAACCCUUGGCCUUGCCCCGGUCGAGGUCUGGCAUCAUUGUCCAGGACGGUGGUCACUCCCAUCCGAGAAUAGUCAGAGGACCUGAGGCUUGGCCUGGGAAUUAUCGGGGUACAGAAAGCAGGAGGAUGGGGCAGCUAGUGACUCCCCUCGAGGCCAAAAGUCAGGCCAGGGCAGAGACCUGGACUUCCUGAGAAGAUCGCAGAGGUGGAUACCGUCUAGGGUGUACCCUUCAUUAUGUGCUCACAGGGGGAUGUUAGAGGCCGCUGGGAAUUCUGUGACUGGUCUGAGGGGAGUAAGGUUCAAGGCAGGAGUUGGAGUGUGUUGUGGCUGGGUGUAGUGGGGGCUGGGAUGUGACUUGCAUGGUUCCCCUAUUUAUAACAAAUGAUUCAGCCCUCCACUUACUCACCCCUUCCUGAGUCUCCCCUUCCCUCCCCACCCCCAGCCUGGGUGGGCAGUGGGGGCCCACCCACUUGUCAGCACCCUGCCUUUCUGCAUCCCAGUGCCAGCUCCUGGAAUGGUUGUGGUGAACACAUUGGGGUCCAGGGUGGGCCGCUGGAGGUCAGGCCCUCUGUGGAGAGUCUGGACGCAUUAGGCAAAGCAUUAGUGACAGGCGGGAGGGCAGGCGGCAGCGGCGGGCAGGGCGGGGCCUGCAGCCUUUGGUAUUUUCCGAUCCCAGCUGCUCUGUGA